CUUACCAUUACUUAUAACUCAUAUAAAUUCAGAAAUAUUCCCGGUAUUUCGCACUAUGUGAGCUAAUCUCUCAAAACAAUAUGCAAAAUGCUUUCUGUAAUUUACUUAAUCGCUGUAGCAUGUGUGAUGUUUUUCAUUGGCUGCGAAGAAAUACCCAAUGAACCAAACAGUAUUGAGCUUCUAGUACUUGACAAGGAUGCUAACGACACAAUCAUGGCAAGCAUUUCUCCAAAUAAUAAAUCUUUUGUGGUUGACGAAGUAAUUCCUCUGCAAGAGUCCAAUGGAAAUACAUCAAAUCGAGGAAAGAUAAUACUGCACAGCAAGUGGACAUUGAAGCCGAUUGUUUAUGAUUUGUUACAAAAGGUAUCACCCUCUGUGAUCAUGCAAGGUCUUCAUGACAAGCUCAAAGAUAUAAAGCUAUAUUGGACGCAACCAAACCGUCCCAACUUUGGUGGAGUCCAGUUUGCUAGCCCAGAACAGAUUUGGGACAAGCUUCAUGAAAAAGGGCAUCAUUUUUUAACAGGAAUCAACGGCGCUAUUUUUGGACUUGCUGGAGCCGAAAAUCAUGAUUAUCCCUUUCCGUACAGAAGCCUUAAUAAAAGAAGUGCUAAUGAUUAGGAACAUACAUUGUAUCUCUUUCACAUUUAUAAUAAAACGCUGUAAAUUGUGAGGUAAUUUCAGAAAAUAUUUUUCCUCAUUGUAUAAAUAGAAUGUGAAAAAGUGAUGCGAAAUUGUAGAGAGAUCAAUAUCUAAUUAAAUAAAGCGUCAAGUAGGUU